UCUAUUCAGCCGUCAGCACCAGCCUUGUCGUCCCCUUCACAACCUGCAGCCAAGAGCUCGCAGACCACGGCGGCGCUGCAUCCAUCGACACCUCCGCCGCUCAAACCUCUUAUGAGCAGGCAUGCCACCGAGGUUGUUUCUCCCCAGCCGAGACGGGUGUCGAGGACGCCGCUGAGCCCCGUCACGUCCCCUCACCUUGCGCUGAGCCCCGGCAUCAGCGCUGCGAUCGCGCCGCCUUCUCCCGAUCCACUCAAGAAGAAUCAAGACUCUGCCGCGAAGCGACCGCCGACGCCGCCGAAGCCUCGAGGCAGUGGAAAGAAUACACUCGAUAAGGCUCAGAUUCAAGACCAGGACAGGCCUAGGCUCCGAGACCGAUCAUAUAGCAGUCAUACAGAUGGGUCGUCGAGGGCCUCAACAAUGAGCGUCCCGUCAACUCCGUCAAGGGAGCUGGUCUCUCAUCGGCACGCCGGCAACGGUUCGCCAAAUCGAACACAACUAGACAAUCUCACCGACGCAAUCGUGGCCGGGUCACUGGCCUCUGCCCGAUUGACGCCUCACCAUUCGGGGCCUACCUCGCUGGCCCCUCCUCCUUUGCCGAAACGACAAAAGUCGCCUCGCCUUUUACACACACUCCGACAGCCGCAUAACGUGCUCGACGAGGAGGAAGACCACCACAAGAAAGGCCACAGAGCGCUGCUGCGCAAGGGGAAACACGCACACCACGAAGGAUCAAGGAAGAAAUGGCGCGAGGAGAUUCGGCCACGGGAGAGGAAGAGGUACGAGGCGCUGUGGGCGUCCAACCGCGGCAUACUGCUGACGGACACGCGGGUGAUGAGCCCGGCUACGAGCCUCAGCAGCGACCUCGACCGGGACGUCUCGCAGUGCGUGGCCAACGUCGUGGUCAGAGAGGUGUGGAAGCGGUCGAGGCUGCCCGAUGACGAACUGGCCGAGAUCUAUGACCUGGUGGAUCGAAGCCGGACGGGCAUGCUGAGCAGGGCCGAGUUUGUGGUGGGGACGUGGCUCGUUGACCAGCGGCUCAAGGGGAGAAAGGUGCCGGCCAAGGUGACGGAUAGUGUCUGGGGAAGCGCCAACGGGGUCAGGGUCAAGGGGCCGCAUGGGAAGUGA